AUGAAUUCUAAUUCCAAUUUAACAAUCGAAGAAUAUAGAGCACGUAAAGUUGCUCUCAUUACAGGUGUCACCGGUCAAGAUGGAUCCUAUUUAACAGAAUUUUUAUUAGAAAAAGGUUAUGAAGUUCACGGUAUCAUUCGUCGUUCUUCUUCUUUUAAUACAGGUCGUAUCGAACAUAUUUAUAGAGAUAGACAUGAAACAGGUGUUAAAUUCUUUCUUCAUUAUGGUGAUUUAACCGAUUCUACUUGUCUUGUUCAUAUUAUCGCUAAAGUACAACCUACUGAAGUAUAUAACUUGGCUGCACAAUCUCAUGUAAAGGUUUCAUUUGACAUGUCUGAAUAUACAGGUGAUGUUGAUGCCCUUGGUACUUUGCGUUUAUUAGAUGCCAUUCGUACAUGUAACUUGGCAGAUCGUGUUCGUUUCUAUCAAGCUUCUACAUCUGAACUUUAUGGUAAAGUAGUUGAGACCCCUCAAAGUGAAACUACACCUUUCUAUCCUCGUUCUCCUUAUGGUGUUGCUAAACUCUAUGGUUACUGGAUUGUUGUGAACUAUCGUGAAUCUUAUAAUAUGUAUACAUGUAACGGUAUUCUCUUUAAUCAUGAAUCCCCUCGUAGAGGCCGUACGUUUGUAACAAGAAAGAUUACUCGUGCUGUAGCUGAUAUUCAUCUCGGUCGUCAAGAGUGUCUCUAUUUGGGUAAUAUUGAUGCAAAGCGUGAUUGGGGACAUGCUCGUGAUUAUAUUGAAGGCAUGUGGCUCAUGUUACAACAAGAUAAACCUGAAGAUUUCGUCCUGGCUACAGGGGAAACACAUACUGUACGUAGUUUUGUUGAAAAGGCAUUUAAGGUGAUUGGUCGUACGAUUGUUUGGGAAGGUGAAGGCGUUAAUGAAGUUGGUAAAGAUGCUGAAACAGGCAAAGUGCAUGUUCGUAUUGAUCCUAAAUAUUUCCGUCCUGCUGAAGUGGAUCUUUUAUUGGGUGACCCUACUAAAGCAAAUACUAAAUUAGGCUGGAAACGUAAAGUUACUUUUGAUGAACUUGUUAACGAAAUGGUCACAGCUGAUAUUGAAGCUAGUCUAAAGUCUUCUACAUUAGUGUAA